AGAUUGUCACGCUCAUCGGUGCUUCGGCGGCACGGGGUGCAAGAAUGCAUCCUGCUCGUCACCCAGCGCAUCACCAAAUAUCCUGGGCUCAUUGAUCGAAUCCUGCAAAACUCCAAAGGGAAUGAAGUGGAUCAGAAAGAUCUGCGCACAGCCCUGACGCUGGUCAAAGAGCUGCUCUCGACCAUUGACCAGGAAGUGCAUAAUCAGGAGAAGAACGCGCGGCUGCAGGAAAUCUACGGCCGGGUGGAUGGGCGGACCAAGGCCCACCUGCCCUGGGAGCGGGGGCCCUUCAGCAAGGAGGAGAUGCUGCGGCGCAAGCUGGUCCACGACGGCUGCAUGCUCUGGAAGACCCCCGCAGGGCGCUUCAAAGAUGUCUUGGUGGUUCUGAUGACAGACGUUCUCAUCUUCCUGCAGGAGAAGGACCAAAAGUAUAUUUUCCCCACACUGAGAUUGUCACGCUCAUCGGUGCUUCGGCGGCACGGGGUGCAAGAAUGCAUCCUGCUCGUCACCCAGCGCAUCACCAAAUAUCCUGGGCUCAUUGAUCGAAUCCUGCAAAACUCCAAAGGGAAUGAAGUGGAUCAGAAAGAUCUGCGCACAGCCCUGACGCUGGUCAAAGAGCUGCUCUCGACCAUUGACCAGGAAGUGCACAAUCAGGAGAAGAACGCGCGGCUGCAAGAAAUCUACGGCCGGGUGGAUGGGCGGACCAAGGCCCACCUGCCCUGGGAGCGGGGGCCCUUCAGCAAGGAGGAGAUGCUGCGGCGCAAGCUGGUCCACGACGGCUGCAUGCUCUGGAAGACCCCCGCCGGGCGCUUCAAAGAUGUCUUGGUGGUUCUGAUGACAGACGUUCUCAUCUUCCUGCAGGAGAAGGACCAAAAGUAUAUUUUCCCCACACUGGACAAGCCAACAGUCAUCUCCAUCCAGAACCUGAUUGUCCGUGACAUUGCCAACCAGGAGAAGGGCAUGUUCCUGAUCAGUGGCACCCCGCCUGAGAUGUAUGAGGUUCACGCUGCAUCGCGUGAUGACCGCAACACCUGGAUGAAGGUCAUCCAGCAGAGUGUCAAGCUCUGCCCUCACCGGGAUGACUUCCCCCUCAUUGAGACCGAGAGUGAAGCCUCUCUCAGGAAGCUGAAGGACAAGAUUCAGCAGUGUGACCAGGAGAUUGGGGUGCUUCUCAGGGAGAAAGCAGAACUCUUCGCAGACCUUGUGGCUCUCCAGAGCGGCAGGGAAGACGGCCCUCUGCCCUGGGGGAACCCCCGCUCUCUCUUCCGCACCGAGUCGUCGGACCCCCCGCAUGGAGAGAAGCUGGUCCAGGAGGCCAUCAGAGAAGUGGAAGUCUUGAAAGAUCUCGUCGUGGGACCCAGCUGGGACCUAGAGCAGAACCACACCCAGACGCCCAGCAGCUGCUCCAGCCCAAAUCCCAGUAACACCGCCAACGGGGAGACUGGAAGUACGAACGACGCUCUCGAGUUUGCCAGGGUUGAGGCGGAUUCAAACCAUCGGGAUGGAAAUGGCAACCAGUUGCAGCCCAAAGGAGUGCAGGAGGAGAUGCUCCAGCGCCUCAAGAGCCUCUAUUCUCUACUCCAUGGAUUGCAGGUUAGACCCUCCCACCGCGUGGUCCUGAGGGAGGACCGGAAGGUCCGCGGGCUCCGGCACCUUGCGGUCGCCCUUGCCCUGAGCCGCAGCAACUCCUGCAAGGAGGCCCCCCCGGCCGACCAGCAAAGCACGGAGCUCGCCCUCUUGCAGAAGCAGCACGCCCUCUUGCAGCAGGAGCUGAGCCGCUGCCGGCAGCUGGGCCAGGAGAAGGCCCAGGAGGUGGCUGUCCUGGAGGCCCGGCUGCGGGAGAGCGAGGGCGAGAGGCAGCGGCUGGAGCGAGAGGCGGACGAGGCCCGGAGGCAGCUGGCCGCGCCCCGGGUGCCCCUGGAAGCCGUCUGGGUCCGGAAGGGGGCUGAGCCCCGGAGGCGCAGUUUGCCUGCCGGAGAUGCUUUGUACCAAAGCUUCACCCCUCCUCCACAGAACCGAGGGGGAGAGCCCCUCUCGCCCGGCUGCCAUUCCCUGCACCGGACCUUCUCCAGUGGUCAGCGGGAGGAGGCAUCCUUCCCGGGCGUCCCUGGCCGACUGCAGGAGGAAGCGGAGGAGCAUCUGCAGGUGCUGAUGGAGGAGGAGGGCCUGGGCAACUCCCGCUCUCCCCCAUCCAGCCCCAGAGAUUUCCAGAGGAUGCAGGACAUUCCAGAGGAGGUGGAGAGCAUCCAGGAAUCCAACGCUGGUGACGGAGACCUCUUGGGCAGUUAG